AUGAAGUUUCGACUCGUAUACCUCGCGGCGGCGGCGUUGGCCGUCCCAGCUGCCCAGUCUCACCUCACCACGCGCCAAAAGUCAUCCAGCAACUGGGCCGGUGCCGUCCACACCACGCCCUCCUCCGUGUCCUUCGUCACCGGGACCGUCACGCUGCCCGAAUACAAGCGAGACCCCGGGCUCGGCGCCUCCUUCUGGGUGGGCAUCGACGGCGCAACGUGCCGCGAUGCCAUUCUCCAGACGGGCGUCGACUACCUCAACGACUCGGUGUACCCUUGGUACGAAUGGUACCCGGCCGACGCGAGGCUGUACGCGCAGCCGCUGUCCGCGCAGCCGGGCGACAGGAUCCGCAUGAGUGUCAAUGCCACGAGCGCCACGUCGGGAGUUGCUACCCUGGAGAACUUGACGACGGGGGAGGCGGCGCGUGGCGAGAUGAAGAACCAGAAGCGGCUUUGCUUGAGGGACGCCAAUUGGAUCGUGGAGCUUUUGCCAACAAAGGGUCUUAUUGACUUUGGGGUCGUCAGGUUUGAGGCGGUUGAGUGGCAUGGCGGUGAGGGGAGCAAAGGCGCGUCAGCGGCGAGGGUUUAUGAUAUUGAAAAGGCCGGGAGGAAGAGCACGAAGUGCAGUGCUGGGAAGGAUGUUGUUUGCGAGUUCUCGCAACAUCCGUAG